AUGUUAUCCCGCCGCCUCCCCCGCCAUUUCCCCUCCUCCUUGAGACAAUUCUCCGCAUCCGCCAUCCUACCAAACGUUCACAAAGUUCCUUGUAUCGGUGAUGUAAUACACAGUGAUUCGUCAACAACCGAUUUCAAAACCAGGGUGUCCACUUUUCACAAACAACUGUCCGAUGCCAAAAAUGCAAAGCCCAAAGUCUCUUCCCCCGAAAAUGCUGAGAGGACGGGAAUUGUGAAGAGCAUACUAUACGGCUCGAAGGAGGGACAGAAAGAGGAGGCCGAGAUGGAGCAGAGCUACUCGAAAGUCAUGGCAAGGGGGAAGUACGUGCACGCCAUUGAGUUCCAUCACGUGAAACCGGACAAGGUCGAGGACUAUGUGAAGCUCGUUGGGGAGGUAUACCCAGCAAUCGCGACCGAUGCAGGGAAUAACUGUCAUCUUGUUGGGAGCUGGAAGACGGAAGUUGGGGAAUGUGACACUUUUGUUCAUAUCUGGGAGUACCAAGGAUAUGCUGGGUACCACAAAACGUUCUCAAGACUCGCUACCACUCCCACAUUCGCAAAAUUCCAGUCCUCGCUCGCAAAGAUCAUUCGCUCCCGCCGUACAGAUCUCAUGCAGGAGUUCUCCUUUUGGCCUACUUGCCCGCCACGUUCCCUUGGGGGAAUAUUCGAGCUUCGGACAUACACCGUUCUCCCCGGCCAUCUGUUAGAAUGGGAAACACACUGGCGCCGUGGUCUUCGGGCUCGUAAAAACGUCAUGGAAGGUGUUGGGGCCUGGUUCUGUCAGAUAGGAUCUUUGAAUACGGUCCAUCAUUUGUGGCAGUUUGCCGAUCUGCGGGAGAGACAAGUUGCUCGAGAGCAGAGUUGGGGCGAAAAAGGAUGGAGCGACACGGUGCACAAGACUGUACCUCUCAUCAAAAAAAUGGAAAGCCGAAUCUUGGUGCCUAUGGGCUGGAGCCCUCUUAGUUAG